GCUGAGAAGAAGAAACUUGAAAGGGGGAACCAAAGAAAAAAGGAAGAAGAAGCGGAAGAAGAAGAAACAGAAGCACUUGAAAUUGGUGCAGAGGGAGGGGGCGCAAGAAGGAAGAGAGAAAAUGGAUGACUAUACUCGCGAAAUGAUGGACCUGAAGACACUCGUUACGCGCACCCUCGAGAAGAAAGGCGUCCUCGCCAGGAUCCGCGCUGAACUCAGAGCAAGCGUUUUUGAGGCUAUCGAAGAGGAGGAUCGGGUAAUCGAGAAGGAACCUGCGUUGCCUCCUGCAUUGCUUGGUAGCUGCAACGAUCGAGCCAAACAGCUUCACGCUUCUCCCUCAGGUAGACUCCUUACUGCGCUUAUUUGUGAAUACCUAGACUGGGCGCAACUCAAUCACACGUUGAAGGUUUACCUUCCAGAAUGUAAUUUGGAAAAGGAUUUUUGGAAGGCUGAGCUGAAAGAAUUUAGUAGCAAAAAUGGAUACGACCUCAACAGAAAUGGAGAUAGCCCUCUACUCUUGGAUGUGCUUGAAGGAUUCUUGAGAUUUGAGAAUCUAUCCCAGGCACGGGCUUUGCCAAACUCAGACUCCCGAAACAUGCGAAGGCCUUCUUCAUCAUCUGUUGCCGGUGGCUUGCCACCGCUGGGAAGGGCUGUUCCUUCAUCGCAGGCAUCCGAUAGAAGAGGAGGAUCCUCGACGUCUGCAUAUAGGAUGGAUGAGUACAAUUGGCGAUAUGACAGUGAUGAACUUCCUGAGGGUGUAAUUCAAGCCUCAAGUGCACUGGAAAAUCUUCAUUUGGACAGGAAGGCUCGGAAUCUAACAUCUUCUUGGAGGCAUGCUGGUGAUGGGAUCGGUGAAGAUGAUGGCAGCUGCUCCUGUAUUUUACUGUGUAUUUUGAAUAUUUAGCUUCUUAGUGAUUGAUUGAAUGAGCCUGUUUUUAUGUAAGAUUAUGUAAUCGUGAUGUGAUUUAGUGCUUUGUAUGAGCUUCUCCUCCAAAGUUCCCAUCUAGCAUAUAUUUGAGAGUUGUCUUAGUGUGAUGAUAGAUCAUGUCUUCCCCUAAAAAAUAUAUAUAAAAGGAAAACAAAAAGUGGUGACUAAUUGAGUGAAAGCUUGAACCGAACCGACCUUUGUAGCUCCAUAUUUUUCUGUAUUGCUUUGAAAGGAUUAGGUUUU